AGUCUCUCGGCCGAUAUUCCAUUCAAACUCAACCCAAGGUUCUUUUUAAUAAGAGAAAGACUCCUGUGUAUCUAAAAGCACCUGUUGGAUGUCCUUACUCCUCACACAAGUUUUAACACCAACCCUGGAACAUUGACCCCAGUCGAGCAGACUCGCACUCUGUACCUUGGUCCUAAACCAUUCCUCAAAGAUCAUCCCACCUUUCGCCCACGUCUCUACCCAAGUCACCCAUCUUCCAUUGUUGUAUAUUGACAAUGCAGUCCGGAAUAUCAGCAUCGGCCGAACUACACGAUGCAUUCACACGCUUCACAUCAGACACCGAAUCCCUCUUCGCCCUCCCGAUCACGAUAACCCAAGAAUCCCUGACGCCUCUCGACGCCGUGCCCUUCUCUUCAUCCUCCGCGACCUUCUCGUCCAGCCUGUCCGCUCUCGACUCGCUCCUCACGCCGACCGCACCGCUCUAUCUCCUCCUCCGCCGGGCGCCGUCGUCCCCUUCCCUCGUGGCGGUGACGUACAUCCCGUCCCGCGCGCCCGUCCGGCAAAAGACCCUCUUCGCGUCCACGCGGGCCACGCUGGUCCGGGAACUCGGAGGCGAAAAGUUCGACGAGACCGUCUUCCUCACGGAGAGAGAAGAGGUCCUUGACCCGGCGCAGUGGGACGAGCGAGCGGGACCUCCUGCUCCUGCCGGCGGUGGAGGUGCCGGCGGAGCCGGCGAUGUGGGUUUGCUGAGCACAGAGGAGCGAGAACUCCAGGCCGUCAAGCGAGCGGAGGAGGAGGAGCGCCACGGUACUCGGGGCCGGGACCUCAUGGGUGAAGGGGGCAGCGGGGGGGUCAUCGGCUCUCGAGACGGGACCGGCGCGGGGAGGAGUGGCGUGGUGAUGAAGAUCACCGACGACGCCCGCGAGGCGUUGGGCGCCCUGGUGAACGGGGCCGAAGGGUUGACCGUACAGUUGGGCAUCGAGGUUGCCAGCGAGACCACGACCUUGAUUGCGAGGCACGACGGUGUGAGUGUUGCGCAGGUCGUCGGGCUGAUCCCCACGGACAGGCCGAGUUAUACGUUCUAUUCGGUCUCCGGAGGCGCCGUCUUCAUCUACGUCUGUCCUGGCGUGAGCAGGGUCAAGGAACGAAUGGUCUACGCCAGUUCCCGGAGGGGCCUGUUGCACACCGCCGAGGGCGAGGGCGUCAAGGUUUUGAAGAGGCUGGAGGCCGGAGACCCAGAUGAACUGGACGGCCGGCUGGAGGAGGAGGUCAGAGGGUUGAGUGUCGGGGCCGGAGACGGUGACGAUGGUGAUGUGGCGACCUCGGCACCAGGCUCGGGCACGGCCACGCCUAGAGGGGGUGGUUUCGCGAGGCCAAAGAGGCCAGGCAGGAGAUGAGGGUGGCUCUAGUUAGAUCUUGAAUGGAUGUUGUUCUAGGGAGCGAGAGGUAGCACUUCAGCAUAGCGAUGGAAAGGCGGCCCCAGGGGAAUAUACUCUUGAGGUAGUUCACGUUGCACGGAGAAAAACAAGUUUGGACAUGGAACAAGAGUAUAAUAUGAAGGUUGAUGUGGUUCUCGCUUUUGAUUGAUUUCUGAUAGUCCAUCCCCGUUGUCAUCUGGUUGACUAUCUAAACAGCAUAGCCUCUUCC